AUGGCGCCAGCUGAGUACGCGUCGGACAUAUCCUGCCGACCUGAUCGUGAGAUUCGCUUGCAGAAGCUCCUCGCUUCAGCAGGGUAUGGCGGCCCUCAGCUUCCAGACAGCUCCGCUCAGCAGAACGCCUGGAUUUGCGAGCCCGAGCCAGCGGCGUCCAAGACUUUGACCGAGGCCACUCCGACGCACGUUGAGAUGGAACCACCAAAGACCAAAGCUUCCCCUCGACGGCAGCCGCGACAGUUCGGCGCUCGACCGCCUCGUCCAGAGACGGCGAGCCGAAAAUUGGCGGGGGUUGGGGAUGAGGUGGACGCUGCAGAUUGCGUGGACGAUCCUCCAGAAGCUCCACCGGAAUUGAGCCAAAGGACUCAGGAGCUGCUCGAAUCAGCCAGCUUUCCAUCUGCGCCAGCUGUCGCAGAUUCACCGACUGCCCCUACAGAGGAGCGGCGGGAGAAUGCUGGAGUCUUGUACGACUCGGAUGAAGAGCUCCCGUGCGCCCCGCCUGAGGAGGCGUCGCAAGGCAAGGAGGACUGCCUCCCAGAGGUCGAAUGGUCAUUGGAGCUGAUGGAAGCCUCGGUCUUCUCUGCAGGUUCGACCUCGUCAUUGAGCCUCAGUGACUCACUUGGUCGACGACCGAAUAUGCCAAAGGCGCCAGUUGAAGGCGAAGGAGACCUGUCUCCACUCCUGGCACCAGGCGAGGCCUUUGCGCGCGAGGAGCUGUCAGCAUUUUUUGCAUCGUCCAUGGCUUCCGAAGGAAUGGCGUCAUCGCUGCCGGAGGCACCGGAGGAGGACUGGGGAUGCACGAAGCCAACAGCCAAAGGUGCGGAGGUAUCCGGCAUAUCGAAGACGGCUCCCACCAAGAAAGAGAGUCCUCGCGCUGACUGUCGCGCUGCCAAGCGCCAGACUACAACCGCAGCACCCCAAGGCCGGUCAGGCCAGGUCACAUCGACCUUCCAGCCACCGUUGGCCAUUGUUGGUGGCGGUCUUUCAGCAGCCACCACCAGGAGGCCUGCAUCCGCUGGACGCACAAAGCCGCUGGCCUCAGCGAAGGUGCGAGCAAAUGGAGCUACUUUAUCGAGGAGUAAAGAGCGAACCUCCGUGCGAAAACAGUGCAACUGCCGCUUUUGCCCGUCCUGCCGUCGAAGACUAGACGAGGAGAACGUGCGUCAGGCCAUUGCCAGGUCUUUGGAGGCAGUUUCCGGGGAGUCGUCGCAAGAGCCGCCGAUUGCCUCGGCCAACGCCUCCCGGGCUCGAGAUGACACUGUCCGACAUCCCGCGCCCACAGCGCAGCCGCUUCGACCCCGCAGCUCCUCAGCAAACCGCAAGCCAGUGGUUCGAAUCACCGCCUCGAGUUCGACCGAACGCCUGCGCGGGCACACGAAAUGCUCCCAGGCGCGUGCCGAGGCCUGCAGCAGAAGCGGUGGCUGGCGCUUGCGGAGCUAG